AUGGUUCGCGGUGUAGUGACAAUGGAACGAGUGGAAACAUUUUCCGCCGCCCAUCGGCUCCACUCAAAUCAGCUCAGCGAUGAGGAAAAUCAGAAAAUUUACGGGAAAUGCAACAAUCCCAAUGGUCAUGGGCAUAAUUAUGUUUGGAAGGUAAAACUCCGAGGUAUUCCUGAUCCGGAGACGGGUAUGGUUUACGAUCUAGCCGAAUUGAAACAGGAUAUGAAGACAAUUUUGGAUACAGUAGAUCACAAAAAUCUCGACAAAGAUGUGGAAUUUUUCCAGCACAACGUCAGCACUUCAGAAAAUGUAGCGAUCUACCUUUGGGAGAAGUUACGAGUGCAAAUGAAGAAACCGAAAUUGCUGUACAAGGUUACAGUUGAGGAAACUCCGAAAAAUAUCUUCACCUACAAGGGAGAGAUUUAG